CUUGGAUAACCAUUUCACUUGAGCAAAGCUUCCAUUCACGCUUGAUUCUGCUGCACUAGUAUGACGAAAGCAAAAGAACUACCGGAUCCAGCCCUGACCAAUGAGAAGAAAAAAGAAUGGUGUGAAUUCAUCUAUGAAGAUCACCAGAAAUUGGUAAUCCCAGUAGGACCCAGGUUUCAGGUUGAUGUUCCAGAUUGGGCCAUCUCUCCGAACAAGGGAACUCCAGUUGUAGCAGCAGAUGUUGCAUUAAGAGCAUCAAAGAAGGAAAUGGUAUGCAAGUAUAAAAAGGAGGAAUCUGAUACUUCAAAAUGGCUUGGUACACUGGUAUGGCCAAGAGCCGAUAACAUAGAAAACAAGGAAGAUAACGAGGAGUUUGUUGGGAAAGGGAGAAACGAACAUUGUUCUUGUAGGUCCUCUGGAUCUGUCGGAUGUGUUAAAAGACACGUUAAAGAAGAAAGCAUGAAGUUGAAGUCUGAACUGGAGACAGCCUUUAAUGACUGGAAAUUUGAUGAAAUGGGAGAAGAAGUUUCCAUGUUGUGGAACACUAAGGACCAAACAAAGUUCAGCUCCCUCGUUAAGACAGGUCUGUCUAAAGGCAAAAGUUUCAUGAAACCAGCAUUAGCAUCUUUUCCUUCCAAGAAUAGGCAAAGCAUCGUCAACUAUUACUUCAAUGUUCACAUUCCUCGGCGUAUCAGAUCAAAUAGUAUAACAAUUAACACCGAUGAUGAAGAGGAGGAAGACGAAGAAGAGGAGGAAGAGGAGGUCACUGCUCCCAAACAUUCUCGUAAAAGGAAUCGAGCAAAAAAAGGUGCCUGUUCUAGUUCUAAAUCUCUGAAGAGAAAGUACCUAAGUGGUCGACGAUGACAGAAGAAGUAUCAAUACACAUUCUUUUUUAGUUGACAGACAAAUGGAAUAUACAGAGAAACUUUUGGGAUGGGGUUCACAUUCUGUAUAUAGGUUUUAAAGCCAAGAAAAGGUGACAUUUUUUGGAUAUUGAUGCAAUGUAUUGAGGUCUGAAAGGAUAGCACAACAAAACUAUACAAAAAUACAUUGAUUGCUACAAUUUGUAAGAUUUGAGAAGAUAUUGCUUCUUCUGUUUCCUUCAUAAAGGAACA